AGCCUUGGUUUUUCAGCCGACCUCCUAUCCAGACUUUUAUUUUGAAAUUAAAUCUUCGUGAGUAACAGAAGCACUUGAACGAGGGUCUUGUGAUGCUGGACUGCAGCAGCUGUAUCAUUCUUUGGAAGAGGAUCCAGAGAUGAGCAUGUUCUGAGAUGUUAUGCUGUGCCAAAGCAGGACUCAUUCACCUCUCAAACUAGAGUAGAAAUGCUUCAUGAGCGUUGCGAGACUGUCCGCCUGGGGACAUCAUAGAAGCCUAUUUAAGACAAGAAUAUUAAAUACCUGCAAUAUACAUCUAGAAGCAUAGUUUGGUCAAGAUGUUUUCCGCUCUGAAGAAGCUCGUUGGCUCUGAGCCUGGUGGUCAGGUAAAGGACAAGAACAUCCCUGCUGGCCUGCAGUCAAUGAACCAGAGUCUGCAGAGAAGAUUUGCUAAAGGGGUUCAAUACAACAUGAAGAUAGUUAUUCGAGGAGAUAGAAACACUGGAAAAAGCACCUUGUGGCAUCGGCUGCAGGGUAAGAAGUUCCAGGAAGAGUACCUACCCACUCAGGAGAUCCAGGUCACUAGCAUUCACUGGAAUUACAAAACUACUGAUGAUGUGGUGAAGGUAGAGGUUUGGGAUGUGGUGGAUAAAGGCCAAAAAAUCCCCCUUCCAGAAGGUGUAGGAAAGGGGAAAAAGAGAGGAGAAACCUUGAAGUUGGAGAAUGAACCUCAAGAGCAGACGGAGAGUGAACUGGCGUUGGAUGCUGAGUUUUUGGAUGUGUAUAAGAACUGCAACGGUGUGAUCUUGAUGUUUGACAUCACCAAGCAGUGGACUUAUAAUUACAUUCUGCGAGAGUUGCCUAAGGUGCCCACUCAUGUGCCUGUGUGCGUGCUCGGAAAUUACCGGGACAUGGGAGAACACAGAGUCGUUUUGCCUGAUGACAUCCGUGACUUCAUUGCUGGCCUUAACAGACCCCUCGGUUCCUCUUACAUCCAUUAUGCAGAAUCUUCCAUGAAGAAUGGUUUUGGUUUAAAAUAUUUGCACAGAUUUUUCAACAUUCCAUUCUUGCAGCUUCAGAGAGAGACCCUGUUACGACAGCUAGAGACCAAUCAGUUGGACAUCGAUGCCACACUAGAGGAGCUAACAGUUCAGCAGGAGACAGAAGACCAGAAUUAUGAUAUAUUCCUGGAAAUGAAAGACUCUCGUAGUAAAGGCUACAGCUCUCCCGGCCCUGCUAACGGACAGAGCCCCUCCUCAGGCUCGCAGUCUCCCGUCGUUCCUCAGAGCGGAUGCUCCACCAGCAGCUCCAGCCCCUGCAGCCCCCAGCAGCCUCCCAUUCCCUCCCAGGCUCAGAAGUCUCCAUCCCCCUCUCCGUCCCCUUCUCCUCCCCCCCUCUCCUCAACCCAAGCGGCUGUGACCUCUCCCUCCCCUUCCCCUGCUCACCCCGGCCCGGCGGUCUCUGCUCCAGCUCAGGCUUCUGCCUCUGCUCCUCAAACCCAGAAACGCAGCUUCAUCUCCCGGCUCUUUGGCUCCGCUCCCGCCCAGGAUCCUCCAGCAGUCGCCCAGGAGCCAGAUCCAGUAUCUGCAGCGGCUCCGCCUACAGUUCAGAGCGUGGAUGAUUUUGUGCCAGACGAGGGACUAGACAAAAGCUUCUUGGAGGACAGUGUCCCUUCUAACCCAAAACCAGCUAUGAACACCCAGCCCUCUGCCGCGGGCCCUGCAGAUAGUGACAGUGAUGGGGAAGGAAAAGACGGGAACCCAAUGGUCGCUGGGUUCCAGGAUGAUUUGGACCCUGAUGAGGCAGAACUUGAUCCCGGAGUGUCUGUCUCCGCUAAAGAGUUGAACGUCACUCUCUCCAGUGAUGAGGAGGGUCCAAACCCUUCUCUAGCUCAGGAUGAAGAUCUAAAACCUGAACCUCACCCGGUGGCAAUGGAUUCAUUAUCACUGGAGAACAAACCAAAACCUGUCCACAAAGAGCCAUUGGUCCAGGCCCAGGAGAGUGUCAGCAGUACGAUCCUAGAGGCUUCCGUUCUUACUCCAGCCCGGUACCCAACACGCCCACAGCACACAGCGCCAGAAGCAAGAGCCCCGUCAGCUUCCCAAACACAGGUUGUAAAACCAAAAGAAAAACCAGCUCCUGCAGAGCUCUCUGACACAGACCCAGACGAGCCUGUGGCCAAACAGAUGCUUUCAUUCGUCAUGGAUGACCCUGACUUUGAGAGCGAGGAGGAAGUCAUGCAAAAAGUGAAUAAGGAAUCUUUCCCAGUUCGAGAUGAUAUUCCUGAUCUAUCUGAUGACGACAUCACCGCAGCUCAAAUUCCUGAGCCCAUGAAACCUACUGUAGUUUCCUUUAAAAGCAAGAAUGACGGUGACCUCUUUGGUCUGGGAAUCGAGGAAAAGUCCAUCAAAAGCAAAGACAGCAGCGAGGAACAAGAUGAAAAAGAAAGCAAACAUUCCAAGGAAAAGAAGAAAAAGAAAAAGAGGAGUAAAGAGGAUGACGACAAAAGCGGCAAGAAAAAACACAAACACAAGAAAAAGGAAAGAGAUGAGGCAGGUGUGACUGCAGAUGAAAAGGAGAAGAGAAAAAGAAAGUCACGAAGCAAGAAAACCGAUGAUCUUGAAGCUUUUCUGGCUGGAGAAGAAGGCUCAGCAAAAAGAGAGGAGGGCGACUAUGAGGAACUGUAACUCCCUCUCUGCUAAAGAAAUGUUUGUGCAUCGAUAACCACAAGCAUGAAAACUUUCUCAUCAAAACCCACAAAAACACAUGCUUUCUUCAGCAGCCCGAAAUGUGAUGGUGUGUUGAUCUGAGAGACAGAUUAUGAAACGCUUCACACUGGUUUUCCGUGUCCUACAAACUUGCCAAAUUAUGGCCGCCGUAGUUCGUACUCUUUGGGCUCAAACUGCAAUAAGUGGAAAAGCCAUGCAAAAUUGUUACUUGCACGUAUUUAGACCUUUUACGUUUUUCUUUCGGAUUGAAAUGGACCAUUUUCAGUCACAACAUUGUGUUUUCUGAAUGUUUACAUGCUGGCUUUUAUAUGGUUGCAAUAUUUUUGUCAUCACACGUGUGAACCACUACCACUCAGAUACAAUGUUUUUCGUCGAUUUUAUUGCUUCAUUAGUUGCCUUGUGUAUGUGGAUGAAUUGGUAUUUAUGCUCAAUAGAUGUACUGAGUGCUUGGCUUUGUGUAGUUUUGCCGUGUGUUUAGUGUUUGAAAUAAAUAUACUGUAUUUCACGGUAGGAUUAUUCGUUUUUUGCAAAAAUAUAUAAAGAAAACUAUUUUAGAAAUGUAAAAGAUUUUGGUCAAUAAAUGCACUCGUGAUGCUGAGUAGUUACGACAUAACAGACGUUGUUUUCGCAUCUUCAAAUCAGGAAAUGCCUUAAAAGAAACCAUAGUGAAAAUGCAAGACUUUAUAGAGCUCAAAUAGACUAGUUGAAAUAUGCUUGUAUAAAAACAAUGAGAUCUAUCUACUGUGUAAUUAUGCAAAAUUGUGUUUUAGAGUUUUUUUAUUUGUAAUUAUGCCAUUCUGAAUUUUUGCACUCCAUCGUAUUUGUCUACCUUAUU